CAUAUAUCUACUCUGAUAUUUCUUAUACGUUACGUUUAAUACUUAUUUAAUAGUUGUUGCAUAUUAAGUCAUGUUUAAGCAAUAAACGAUAAUCAAGUUCUGAUCAGCUGUAGCUAGGUGAUAGAAGUUUGACAUGUAUACCAUCGUCGUCAGAUGCUUCAUAAAAUUAACGUGCAGCUGGUGAUAUUUUCCUCCUGGUUUCCAAUAGAUCGCCUAUAAAAUGGCUUUCAAAUCUUUCUUACGUUUAGGUGAUAAUGUGUAUAAAUGUGUUUUUACCACUGUACAGUUCAAGCCUAAAUUGUAUGCUAUCGACGGACACAAACAGAUUAGGAAUUUUAAUAAACUUAGAGGCAGAACAAAGUUAACAAAGUCGUCCUUUCCAAAUGGCUUCUUUAAGAAACAGCCAGACAAUAGUUCUCCUAAUGUAUGGAAACCAUUUGCCUUCACCGUCAUGUUUAGUGGAACGACGUUUAUUGCCGCUGCCAUUUGGGAGUAUGAGCGUAUCAGAGAAAGAACCUAUAGGAUGAUCAGAAAUUACAAGCAAUGGGGAAUACAUAAAACAGGAUGGAGACGUAAUAUGGAAGACUGGUGGAGCAAUUUAUCAGAGGGGGAAAAACUGUUUAUCCCCAUAUGUUUCUUAAACGUACUGGUAUUCUUGUCGUGGCACGUACCUGUGCUUCGACCGACGAUGUAUCGUUAUUUUUGUAGCAGUCCGGCAGCGGGUGGUUGUUGGUCGAUGCUGUUGCUGACAUUUUCUCAUUAUUCUCUUCCUCAUUUAAUCGUGAACAUGUACGUGUUAUACAAUUUCUGUACCAUCGGCGUGAAAAUAUUAGGCAGAGAACAGUUUCUGGCUCUUUAUUUGACCAGCGGGGUGGUGUCUAGUUUCUCGAGUCAUUUAUAUAAAACCGUGAUCGGAGUGAAAGAGCCCUCCUUGGGAGCCUCGGGAGCAAUAAUGGGCAUCCUCGGAUUCAUAUGUACCCAAUUUCCGAACAUGUAUCUGUCCAUCGUCUUUCUUCCUAUGUUAAAAUUUACCGCCAGCACGGCGAUUAAAGCUAUGAUGGGGCUCGAUACUGUGGGUUGCCUUUUGCGUUGGCAACGUCUCGACCAUGCAGCUCAUUUAGGCGGAGCGUUAUUCGGGAUAUUUUGGCAAAUGUGGGGUAAUGCUAAUAUAUGGCAAAAACGUGAACCAGUAUUAGUGUUUUGGCACCAACUACGAGAACCACCUAAGUAGCAUUGACAUUUCUCUUUAUUAUCAAAUUAAAUAUUAAUAUUAAUAUAUGCCACAUUUUUAAUUUUACGAAGAAAAUGUAAAAACUGUAAAAGUUAUAACAAGUGAAUCUACAAGGAAGUAAACUUUCUGUUUUCUAA